UCUGCAACUCACCUAAGACUAUCUCAAAUGGGAACUAUGAAAUGACUACUAAUCGAUACAAUUUUUUCGGUUCUGUUGUUACUGUGAAUUAUUCAUGCAAUGAUGGAUAUACCCUGAUUGGAAAUGCAGUAAUUACCUGCAAGUCUUCACGAUGGUCACAUCCAUUCCCUCGCUGUGAAGGUCUUUGUCCAAAACUUGAGAUACCAAAUGGAAAACUGUCACCAGAGAAGACUCAGUACAUCGGUACUGAAAGGGUCAAUGUCCAGUGUUCCCGUGGCUAUUAUUUGGUUGGUCCUCAAGACAUCACUUGUUCAGAUGACGGAUCCUGGACCCCAGAGGUGCCCAGGUGUGAGUGGGAACUCCCUGAAGGCUGUGAGAAAGUUUCAGAAGGCUACCAUCUUAUGCAAUGCCUUCCAAAUGUCCAGGAUGUGAAAAUGGCCCUAGAGAUACAUAAAAUAGCCUUGGAAAUUGAAAUGUUGAAACAAGAGCUAGACAAAAAAGGGGUUACCUAUCAGAAGCUAUCAUUAUCACCACCACUACCACCAUCACUAUCACCACCAUCAUCACCACCAUCAUCACCAUCACCAUCACCAUCACCAUCAGCAUCACCAUCACGAUCACCAUCAAUAUCAUCUCCCUUUGGAGAUUAUUAUUAUCACUGAUUGGAGCUUCCACAAACUCACAUUUAUCACUGAAGCUGUUCUUUAGACAUUCAUUCAUAGAAAGAGAUGGCUGUACUGGAAGAGUUUGCUAAUGUACUUUAUACUAUUGAAAAUGAAAAUUUGAUGAUAACUUGACCUAUAAUAGCCCCAGCCUCUUAGACUGAGCAGUGUGAUUAGCUAAUAUAAAUAAACCCAUUGGAAAAUCA